CCUCACCUUGGUUUUGUCCCUCUCAGACCCAGCUCAUUGCCCUCACGCUCUGCAAUUUUCCUAGUUUGAGACACAGCCAGUCGCUCCCUACCUAUAACUCCUAACCCAUUAUAAUCUACUUCAAACCCACCACUCUUUUCUGUAUAAAAUUUUCUGUGCAGUACCAACACGUAAACUCUUUGCUCUACAACACUCCAGCAGUGUUGCUCACUUUGCAUUGUACAACGACUGCAUCAAUAAUCUUUUUUGACUGACUAAAACGUUACUAGCCAAUGCUGAGCCUAUGAGAAAGAACAGCUUUGCUUCUGAUCAGAUCACUUCUGGGAGAACAUAGAGUUCUUUUUCCACAACCCAGAUCCUUCACAUUCUCUUGUUGCACCCCAGGCUCUGAGAUCUGGUGGUAAAAGCAGUGCAGCACAGCAAACGUGUGCUGGUCAGCAAGUAAAGCAUUGGUCUCCAAAAGACCAUUGGAAAGCCAGGUGUGCUGCAGGGUAUGCUGGCAUGUGACUGCGCACGUCGCUCAUCCCAACGAGCUACAGAUUGUAAGUCAACCAGUGAAGACAAUUCAGUAUUUGUAUGCAUUAAUAGAGACAGGGAAGGCUUGUUGUCUAUAAAUAAGAUGCUUUGAUUCACUCCUCCAUAAAUAGAAUCAAUUAAUUCAUGAGAGCCAUUCUGAUACAAUUUUACGACAGGAUUGAAAGCCAUCUCUAUUGAUCUCUUCAAAUCGAUUGUGCUGUUCAACACCAAUUGGUACAAAGCAUCAUUUGGUCAUCUUUAUGACUCUCCUACAUCGGUGCACUCAGAAUGUCAUUCUGUAUCAUUUCACAUCUGCUGAAUUGAGCUAAUAUCCCAUCUGCCUCAGUGAUAAUGUUAUGAGCUCAAACUCAGAUUAUGAUAAUCAACAACCCACUCAUUUCUGAUCAGAGAGCUAGCUGAGGGAUUAGACUAUUUUUUAAAGCUUACAAAGGUUCAUUCUCUACUAAACAUCGGGUUUUGCAGAAAGAAAAGUAACUCUUCGCUUCAGGAAAAAUCAUUUUUUGGCACCGCAGAAUUUGCUUUCAGGGUUCCAUGUCGCACCGCCUUCCACUUGCUGUCGAAGAGCAGACAGAAUUGGCUGGGAAGUCUUUUUGCUUCCACGGGCAUCUGCCCAUCUAAGCGCUCAGCACUCAGAAGAUCUUGCUUUUCUCCAAGUCAGUCAUAUAAAAUCCUAAGAAAAUGAGCAUCUUCUGUGCGUCCGUCACAAGGAUGAAUGCAUCCCUCCAGAGACAGUCCAACAUCUCCUCAGAUUUGGAAGUUUCUUCAUAUUAUCUGCUGGAGGAAUGGACUCUCAACACAUCAGAUACAAACGUGAAGAUGUUUUUAAUCCCUCCCAUCGUCUGCCUCGUGGCAGGUGUCCUCGUCAUUCCUUCCAUCUUGUUUGUGAUCUUCUCUAGGUUCAACAUCCGCCAGGAGACAAGGUACAUGCUGCUGGGGAACGCUCUGCUGUGCGACCUGCUCUACCUUUUGCUCUACACCCUGUCAGCUGCUCUCAGUGCAGCACGUGUAGUUCUCCCAAAGGAAGCCUGCAUUCUCCAGCUGUUUUCACUGGCCGUGGCUUACUGUGGAGGAUUGUUCACGGCUGCUGCGAUGGUUUUGGACACGUACAUAGCUAUUCUGUUUCCUCUGCGCUACACUGCUAUUCUGCCAUCUUCGCGAGCAAGGAAAGUGAUUGCAUUGCUAUGGGUCUGUUCUGGGGCUUUCCCUGGGGUUUUGUUCCUGGUGCUAUCCAGCACUCACAGCUUUGUGCCCUGCGUCCUGGAGAUGUGCGCCAUCCCGGUCAUAAUAUUGCUAAUUCUGAGCGGGACCAACACAGUGAAACUCAGUUUCUGGAUGUCUGCUAUGGCUAUCUUUCUCUUCCUGUUCCUAAUAUUCUGCUGCUACGGUGUUCUUUAUUUUAAAACCAGGCGAUCAGGUAUAUGGGAGAGCAUCUGCUCCAGAGCCAGUGUGACAUUCUUAAUGCACAACACUGUGUUCUUCUUUUAUUUCUCUCCACUCCUGGUUCUGUUCGUGGAAUCAUUCUUGUACGUUAACAUUGUCAUUGGACUGCAGACAUCAAUUUGGAUCUCUCUGACGAUCUGUAACGUCCUGAUGAUUUUGCCUAAAGUUUUGUUCCCCUUUCUGUACGGGCUUCGGUACAGAGAGAUCUCGGCAUCUCUCAGAUCCCUUGUCAGAAUUAAGCCUCUUCACCUGGUGUCACCUGCUCCAUUGCCUCCAUCCUGA